GGUUGUCAUUCUCCCCCCUCCAGAUUCGUGUCUUGCCAGCUCUUCUGCCCAAACUCUUGCCUGCUUUCCCUGAGUGAAGUCAUCAUGCCUAGGGGCCAGAAGAGUAAGAGUCGCUCCCGUGCCAAACGUCAUCAGGCACGUGGUGACAGCCAGGAACCCCUGGAUGUUCACUCCACUGCAGAGGAGGAAGCAGCAUCUCCACCUGUUAGUCAGGGCAAUCCCCCCAGGGCUCCUGAUGUCAGCACUUCCCAGGGCAAUCCUCUCUACUCCCCUGAUGCCUGCAUUUCCCAGGAAUCUCAGGGGAUAGCAACCUGUGGGUCUCCUGAUGCAGGUGUUUCUAGCAUAGCCUCUGGUGUAGGUGCUGAAGGUUCUGAUGCUGAUACUGAGAGAUCCGUUGUUCAUGCUGAAAAGAAAAUCUCAAAUCCUUCCCAGGCAGCAGCCUCCACUCAUCCCACACAUAAAGAUCCUUUUAUGAAGAAGACCGGUAUGUUGGUAGAGUUCCUGCUGGACAAGUUUAAGAUGAAAGAGCCUGUAACACAGGAUGAAAUGCUGAAGAUAGUAAACAAGAAGUACAAGCAGCACUUCUCUGAGAUCCUCAGGAGAGUCUCUGCACGCUUAGAGUUGGUCUUUGGCCUUGAAUUGAAAGAAGUAGAUCCUAACACUCACUCCUAUGUCCUUGUAGGCAAGCUGGGUCUUUCCACUGAGGGAAGUCUGAUUGGCAUUUGGGGGUUGCCCAAGACAGGUCUCCUGAUGCUCAUUCUGGGUGUCAUUUUCAUGAAGGGCAACCGUGCUACUGAGCAAGAAAUCUGGCAGUUCCUAAAUGGGAUGGGGAUACGUGCUGGGAAGAAGCACUUAAUCUAUGGGGAUCCCGGGGAAUUCAUAACCAAAGAUCUAGUGCAAGAAAAUUACCUAGAAUACUGCCAGGUGCCUGGUAGUGACCCCCCAUGCUAUGAAUUCAUAUGGGGCCCCAGAGCCCAUGCUGAAACUACCAAGAUGAAAGUCCUGGAACUUUUAGCAAAGAUCAAUGGUACUACUGCUAGUGCCUUCCCCAAUCUGUAUAAGUUGGCUCUGAGAGAUCAGGCAAAGGGAGAAGGAAGGAGCAUUGCAGCUCAUGCUGGCACUGUUGGCAAGGCCAGGGUUCAUCCCAAGGCCACCUCCAACAUCUCAUCCCACAAAUAG